AUGGACUUCGCCCCCUACCAGUCCUCCCCCCCAGAGCACGCCCGCUCCCCGAUAUCCUCCCCCCGCGCCUCCGCCGACCUCGCCCGCCGCCCCUUCUCCCCCAGCUUCACCACAGCCGCCGCCGCCAAAGCAAUCGCCCGCAGCCCGCCCCCCCUGCAGCACCCGCAGCCCCAGCGCGCCUGGAGCGGCGACCUCGACGGUGCCGCCAACAGCAGCAGCUUUCUCGGCGGCGCCAACGGCAGCGGGAGAGGAAGCAGUCUAUGGGGUUUCGGAAGCGGCAGCGCGGGCCUGAAUUCGCCCAUGCCGGGGGCGUAUCCUGCGGAGGUUAGCGAGUUCGACACGAGUCUGGGGAUCAGGCUGGACUACGAGGCGUGUUUGGCGUAUUUGGCGUUUCCGCCUGUCGGGGCGGUGAUUCUCUUGAUUCUGGAGAGGAAUAGCGACUAUGUCAGGUUCCACGCCUGGCAAUCCGCCCUCCUCUUCACAGCCAUCAUGGUCUUCCACGUCUUAUUCUCCUGGUCGUCCUUCCUGAGCUGGAUCUUCUUCCUCGGAGAUCUUGUUCUGAUUGGAUUCCUCUCGCUGAAAGCAUAUCAAGACGCAGAGAUACUGGACAGAUACGAAGUUCCCUUCUUCGGAAGGAUAGCGAGCAGAUUCCUCGACGACGAGUAG